UAUUAUUAUUAUUAUUAUUAUUAUUAUUAUUAUUAUUAUUAUUAUUAUUAAUUUAUUAUGAUUGCGAGUAAACGCGAAAUCUGUGUGGUGGGAGAGACAACUUUGGUGUUUAAACGAUUGUUAUGAGAACGAUACUGUCAGUAUUGUAUCGACAGACAAGAAAAGAACAGUUGUGUGAGUUUAAAAAAUUUUUUUUUUUUUCGUGGUUGUGGCAUUUAAAUUUAUAUGAAUAUAAAUAUUGUUAUAUUUAUUUUUUAAAAUUAAUAUAAGUGUUAAAGUGUUUUAAGGAUUAUUGUUGAUAUUCUGUAUCAUUAUACAUAACUAAUGUUGAUUUAUAUAAAUAUAUAUAUGGACAUUUAGUUUAUUUGGAUAAUGAUGAUGGAAAUUCAGCAACAACAUUCGCCGGUUGUCGUCGGACCAUUGGAUUUUUCGCGACGCGGAGUUGCUGAGGCGUCGGCAUUUAGAGUUGUCAAACCUAAACAAUCUUCUUCGAUUGUUAAUCAACAGAAUAUUAUUCCUGAAAAUAAUAACAACAAUAAUAAUCAUACCAAUAACAAUAAUAGUGAUAAUUUACAAGAUCAUUCGGCUGUUAAUGAAAGUGAGGAAUAUAAUGUCAGAUUAAUGUUUCCAAGGCUAUGGGCACCUUUUGGCACCUUAACAGCAACGACAAAUUUACCAUCUUUUGGCAGAAACCAUUCAGAAAGAUUAUCAUUUGGCGUGGGUCGUUUAGUAGGAUCACCUUCACCAAGAAGUCAAUCGUCAUUGCAUUCCUUGGGUCCAUCAUCACCGCGGCCGUCGCGGCAUCCCGAAAUCGAUGUCGAAGCAGAAGAAGACGAGGAGGAAGACGAAGAAGUGGACGUGGAUGUCGAAGAAGUGGGCGAUGAAGAUGAAAAUGAAAUAAAAGGUGGAUCGAGUGGAAGAGAUUUUUCAUCACGGUCCACUCAUUCAACCCCCUCACCGUCAUUAACCCGCGGAUCAACAUCGCCAUCAUCAGUAAUUCGGCCUCCAAGAAGAUCCGGUGACAGUUUUAGUGUAUCAGCACUUCUCAGGCCAGAUCCACCGACGAGCCAACGGAAUUCUUCACCAUCUUCACAUACAGAUUCUUCAACAGUAACAACUGUUGCUAAUCGACAUCAACCUGGACCUACUACAAUGGCAGCGGUAGCAGUAGCUGGAAUUGGUUUAUAUCCACCUUUACAUCUUCAAAGUGGAUUAUUACCGCCUCAUCCGCAUCAUGCGCUGUCUUAUCUACAGCCACAUCUAAUUUCUCAUCAUCUUUUACCGCCGCAUUUACAUCCCCUUCUGAGAACAGUACAUCCGUCCCAUCCGGGACUACAUUCAGCUCACUCGACUCAUGGUCUUCAUCAUCCACAUCCACUUGGUGAUGUUUACAGCUGUGUUAAAUGUGAUAAAAUGUUUAGUACGCCUCACGGUCUUGAGGUACACGCAAGAAGAUCGCACAAUGGUAAACGUCCAUUUGCGUGUGAAUUGUGUAAUAAAACGUUUGGCCACGAGAUAAGUUUAACUCAACACCGUGCAGUGCACUCUGCUGAAAAAGUGUUUGAAUGUAAACAAUGUGGCAAGUCAUUCAAAAGGUCAAGUACACUGAGUACACAUCUGCUUAUUCAUUCAGACACUCGGCCGUAUCCUUGUCAAUUUUGUGGCAAACGAUUUCACCAGAAGAGUGACAUGAAAAAGCACACCUACAUUCACACAGGAGAAAAGCCUCACAAAUGUCAAGUAUGCGGCAAAGCGUUUUCUCAAAGCAGCAAUCUGAUAACUCAUUCAAGAAAGCAUACAGGUUACAAACCAUUUGCUUGUGAGCUUUGCAAUCGCGCAUUUCAACGUAAAGUAGAUCUCAGAAGACAUCGGGAAACACAGCACGCCGAAUUAGGCACAUCUAACAUGCCAACAGUUUCACACCGAGUCUCAAUAGUCAAUAUCACUCAAAACAAUAUCGUUACGUCAAAUUCAUCGAUGAGUCAGUAA